GAAGAUGUUGUGGGUUUGGUUUGAUCUGUGUUGUGUCGUGUUCCUCAAAAGGUUGGAGAAAUGUCUUCAGAUACCAAAGAAGUAGCUGCGCUGGGUCGACCUUUCACCUUAGGGAUGCUCUAUGAUGCCCGGAAAGAUAAACUGAUCCCAGGUUUCACCUUGUGGGAUAAAACAACUCUAGAAGAGAACACAACUGAAACCCCUAAACCCAGCUGUGAGAUGCAGAUUAUGGCAGAAGACACCAUUGAUUCCAAGUCUUCUCUGCUAGAUAUUGAAGCUUCUCUGAAGGUCAGUGUCCUGAGUGGACUGAUUAAAGUUGAAGGAUCUGCCAAAUACCUGAAUGAUCAGAAGAAAUUCAAGAAUCAGAGCAGAGUGACACUUCAGUACAAAGCUACCACCUACUUCAGACAGUUGUCAAUGACCGAACUUGGAACACAUAACAUGCAACAAACAGAUGUUAUUAAGAAGAGCUCGGCAACGCAUGUGGUCACAGGCAUCCAAUAUGGAGCAAAUGCUUUCUUUGUAUUUGACAGUGAGAAGUUAGAAGAUAGCAAAGUUCAAGACAUCCAGGUUGGCAUGCAAGCUGUGAUCAAGAAGAUUCCAUCAUGUAAACCUGGGGUGGAAGCUAGAAUCCAGCUCACCGACGAAGAAAAGGUCCUGACAGACAAAUUCUCCUGCAAAUUCUAUGGUGACCUCCUCCUUGAAAGCAACCCUGCAACAUUUGAUGAAGCAGUGAAGACCUACGAACAACUUCCAAAGCAACUGGGAGAAGAGAGAGAGAAUGCUGCUCCACUGAGGGUCUGGCUGAUGCCGUUGAAGAAUUUUGAUUCCGAAGCCGCUGAGCUGAAGGGUGAGAUCAGCGUUGGACUAAUGAUGAAAGCUAAAGAUGCUCUAGAAGGUGUUGAACAGAUAGAAAUGAGAUGCAAUGAUUCUCUGGCAGACAGAGUGUCAGAAAAUUUUCCACAGAUGCGCGAAAUGCUGAGCAGUUUCCAAAAACUGUGUCAUAAUUAUACAUCUGCGCUCCAACAGGACAUAAAGAAGGCACUUCCCGCCAUCCGUGAAGGCAAAGAAGAUGAGAGCUCAUUAGAAAAACUCUUUGAAGACAGAGACAAGUCACCAUUCAGUCAGGAAAAUCUAAACAAGUUGAUGGAUCAUAAAGAGAGAGAGAUCAAUGUUAUCAGGUGCUGUGUAGAUAUCAUCAACAGUACUGACGCAAAGAUCGUCCAAAGUAAAGCAGAGUUGGAGAGAGAGGUUCUUACUCCAGGUGUAGAAGAUGCUCUGUGCUUUGUUUUCACCUCUGUGGGAAGUACUGACCCCUUCCUUGAUGCGAUGACCAAAUACUUGGAUUCACCUGAAGAGGGAAGUACUGAUGAAGACUACGGGUACAUUUCAGAUGAAGUAUUAACCAAAAUGAGAGAGAAAGCCAAAGAUUUCCAUGAUGUUGCCAAAGGCCUGAAGGACAGCAAGAGAUUCCGUUUCCUGGUAGCAGCCUUAGAAAAUAAGGAGUACACAGGUGCAACCAUCUACCAUUACAAGGAGGGCAGUCUGGUUACUGAUGAUUUUACAAAGCCUGAUGUCCCUGAUGUGAGGACUGCACACGACAGAAGAGAUUUAAUCUGGUAUGCCUGUGAUCUCACCCUGGACCCAAACACAGCAAACAACAACCUCACUCUGUCUGAUGAAAACAAAAAGGCGACAUGUGGAGCAUUUCAGGCAUAUCCUGAUCACCCAGAGAGGUUUGAGACACAUUUCCAGGUAUUGUGCAAUGAGAAGCUAAGUGGGCGCCAUUACUGGGAGGUAGAGUGGGGUAAUGGUGACUGUGGUGAGGUUGGUGUAGCUCUUACAUACGAGGGAAUAGACAGGAAAGGAGACAGAUUACUGAGCAAGCUUGGACAUAAUUCCAAAUCCUGGUACUUUGGCAACAAAGGUGGGCUUCAAGCAUGGCAUGAUCGUCAAAGGCAUUGCGGUCCUCUUCCUGCAACUGACUGCAGCCGAGUUGGAGUGUAUCUGGACUGGCCUGCUGGUACUUUGUCCUUCUACAGAGUCUCCUGUAACACACUGACACACCUCUACACCUUCAACACCACAUUCACUGAGCCGGUUUAUCCAGCUAUCUGUGCCAUGGUGAAACCAAAUUAUGUCUUCCUGUGUCCAUUUUAAAUCGGAGCAGUAAGAGCACACACAUCUGGAGACAGUUUGUGGCUCCAGUCUAUCGAUUUAUUUUUCUUCCUAAGGCUUUUGCACAUGCACAAUGUUUUAAAAUAGCAACACUAAAUUGUAAGUACAGUUAUUAAAAAAGUGCUAAGGAUUCUGAAUCUAUUUAUCCUAAAUCAUGGGGAGAACCAUUCUGUUUCUGUAUUACUUAUCUCUGUGUUUUACACCAUUAUAAAUCCCUGUUCAUAUUUUAUUGUCAUUUGUCAUAUACAUAUAUAUAUGAUGUCAUAUACAUUAUCUUCAUCCAUGUUGAUUUUGAUGCAAAACCUACUGUUCAGCCAAGUAAAUAAGUAAGAAUAAAUACAGCUUUCGCCUUCAAAGGUAUGUCCAAACUUUUGACUGGUACUGUAAACUUUCCAAUGAUUCUAAAGCCGAGGUUAAUAACGCUGUGCAAUCAGUUCUUGACCUUUUACCAAAGGGCAAAUAAAUGAAAAAAAUAAAAUAUUUUUGA